CAGAUUCAUGUGAUUCGUUCCCACUCGGCUUUUUCGACGGAUCAAUCCUGUUGAUCUCAACCGACAUACUCUGUGGACCAUUCUGUAAUUCUUUCCAAACCUCAUUCAUCUCUCUCUGCUGAUAACAUUUACUUAAUCUACUGUCCGAUAGAAGACGAUUUAUCGGGAAAUUGCAGGAGAGGCAAGGAAGAUGGAGUCGCCAUUGCUGGGAGGAGAGAGUAGUGGUAAUCAACAACGUGGAAAGAGGACAAAGGCGUACCACAGAAGAUCAGAUGCCAUCACUUAUGGGACGCCUUAUCAGAAAGCUGCUGCACUUAUAGAUCUGGCAGAAGAUGGUAUUGGUAUACCUGAGGAAGUUCUUGAUGAAUCAAGAUUUGAACGUGCAGCAAAGUUCUACUUCAUCUUUAUUCAAUUUGAUUUCCUCUGGUCUCUUAAUCUUUUUGCCCUGAUAGUGCUGAAUUUCUUAGAGAAACCUUUAUGGUGUGCCAAGUAUGGUCCAAAUUCUUGCAAUAACAGAGAAUACUUCUUCCUUGGGCAGUUGCCGUACUUAACUGGUGCUGAGUCUCUUUCUUAUGAGGUCAUAACUCUCCUCAUACUAGUCAUGCAUACCUUAUUUCCAAUUUCUUAUGAGGGAGUAUCUCUUUAUUGGAGGAACCCUUUGAACAAAUUGAAGGGUCUGAGCGGGGAGAAUGUAUGCAGCCUUACCUCCUCAUUUGAGCCUGAAAUUUAUCUGCUGGUGAUGUCCUCUAUCAAAUGGGUCUACCCAUGUACCUCGUGGCAGGUCGUGAAUGCUUAUCAGUCACUGGGCUUAUUAAAUGUUACUUUUCUGUUAGUUUUGGUGGCUGAUUUAUUUGUUUAUGCUCUCUACAUAUCUCCAGUACCCUUAGAUUCUCUACCAUUGAGGGUUGCUCCAUAUAUUCGUGUCCUAUUUUUUGUUUUGAAUAUUAGGGAAUUACGAGCAUGCAUCGUCACGUUGGCUGGCAUGAUGGACAAGUACCUCAAUGUCCUGGCUCUUGGACUUUUGUUUCUUUUAUUCUCCAGUUGGUUAGCAUAUAUCAUAUUUGAAGAUACUCAGCAGGGAAAGACAGUAUUUUAUUCCUAUGAUGCCACCCUAUAUCAAAUGUUUGUUUUAUUCACCACAUCUAACAAUCCUGAUGUGUGGAUCCCUGCAUACAAGGAUUCGCGUUGGAAUUGUCUGUUUUUUGUUGUAUUUGUGCUAUUGGGGGUUUACUUUCUCACGAAUCUGAUUCUUGCUGUUGUAUAUGAUAGCUUCAAAGGUCAGCUCGUGAAACAAGUUGCUGAGAUGGACUCUACAAGGAAGAGGAUAUUGGAGAAAGCAUUCAGUAUUAUUGAUAGAGAUAACUGUGGGUUUCUUGACAAAGAGCAAUGCAUUAAGCUGUUUGAGGAGCUGAACAGAUACAGGUCCUUGCCAAAAAUCUCUAAGGAGGAAUUUGAGCUAAUAUUUGAUGAGCUGGAUGAUAGUCGAGAUUUCAAGAUUAACAAGGAUGAAUUUGCCGAAAUUUGCAAUGCUAUUGCGUUGAGAUUCCAAAAGGAGCCUCCUGUAUCUUGUCUUGAGAACUAUCCAAUUUACCAUUCACCUACAUCUGAAAAGUUGAAAGCCUUUGUUCAGAGCAACACAUUUGAAUACAUAAUCGCUUUCUUUCUCAUGCUUAAUCUAGUUGCUGUCAUUAUUGAAACGACGCUUGAUAUAAAGAACAGCUCUGCUCAGAAGAUUUGGCAAGAGGUUGAGUUUGUGUUUGGCUGGAUUUAUGUCUUGGAAAUGGCUUUAAAAAUUUAUGCUCUUGGGUUUCACAAUUACUGGUUAGAGGGUCAAAAUCGCUUUGAUUUUAUCGUCACAUGGAUAAUAGUUGUUGGAGAAACUGCAACUUUCUUCUCCCCACAUGGCCUUCCUUUUCUUUCGAAUGGGGAAUGGAUUCGUUACCUUCUCAUUGCAAGAUUGCUGCGAUUAAUAAGGCUUUUGAUGCAUGUAAAGCGUUGCAGAGCUUUUGUUGCAACAUUUUUAUCCCUCAUUCCAAGUUUGAUGCCGUACCUUGGAACUAUCUUUUGUGUGCUAUGCAUCUAUUGCUCUCUUGGUUUACAGAUCUUUGGUGGGAUCGUCAACUCUGGAAAUACUAAUUUGGAAGGAACAGAUCUGUAUGAAAAUGACUAUUUACUUUUCAAUUUUAAUGACUACCCAAAUGGGAUGGUGACGCUUUUCAAUUUGCUAGUGAUGAACAACUGGCAAGUGUGGAUGGAGGGCUACAAAGAAUUGACAGGAACCUCUUGGUCUAUUACAUACUUCGUCAGCUUUUACCUUAUAACAGUGGUGCUGCUUUUGAAUCUGGUCGUAGCUUUUGUUUUGGAGGCAUUUUUUGCAGAGAUGGAACUUGAAACCGGAAAUGAAUGUGAUCAGGUUGGCAAGGAAGCAGGGAGGAAGGGCAGGCCACGAUAUGUUGGGUCAAAAACACGGAGUCAAAGGGUUGAUGCUCUUCUUCAUCAUAUGUUGAGUGCAGAGCUAAGUCAAACUCAAUGCCCCAAUCCUUAGGCUUUACUCACGCUUGUUUUCUGGUGGCUACUUGAAUCAAUGUGUGCUCCUAAUCUUUAUCUUGGCCAUGUUAUUUCUUAGCAUACUGGCUGUAUCACUGAAACAGCGAUAGAUAAAGAAUAACAAUUUACUUUUAUGUAAAUGUGCAUAUGUAAUUUUCUUCCUGUGAUGGAGCUUUCUACUCCUUCAUUUGUAUCAUAUUAUUUGAUGGGCAUGUAGUUUCUGUGUAUGGCGACGUUAAAAAGAAACAGUUUGGGUGUU